UGAACGGUCAACUUCUGCAGAACUUUUCUUCCAGGUUCGAUCUCGGAGCACCUCCAGGCUUGACUAGCUCGGUCAUCGUCCAACCUUUCGAGCAUUCUUUUGCGCAUUGGACCAUCCAGUCCUCGAGUCCUUGAUUCCUCCAGCUACGCCUCAAUACCAGGUCGGUGACAGCGGCCUUUCUCGUGGAUGUAUCCGGUUCGAAACAAAUAUACCCGAUGCAGGAGUUGCUUUCGUCUUCAAGAGGUGUUGGGGUGAAGAGGACCAGAUAUUGCGUCUUUGGACCAACGGUACUUUUCUUCUUGGUCGACGGAGAAAGAUCCGCUGUUAAUGCCUCGAAGUCCGUUCGCGAUACGUCUUGUGUAAUGAUGUAUCCAUCGCGAUACCAGGUCCUCGGCCUGGAUUGGAGUGGUCGAGUGCUUGUUUGGGUCAUAUCGGGAAUCUCUGGUGUUCUUUCACGUGGUUCAGUGCCUGACGCUGUGGUUCGGGUCGAUUUUGCUGGUACGGUAUGUGGCCUUGGGCUUGUGUUGUGGGCGCAAGCGGCAGCUACUAGUAUUUUGAUAGCCGUCGAGUUACCACUCUGGGAUCUAUAUACUCUCGAAUAGGGGCAUCAAGG